UAAUCUUGGUGUAUAUGUACAUUUGCAUCAUCUUAUUAUUGAGUGGCAUAUUACAAUAGUGCAAGUGCAUUAAUUGAAGCGCAUGAGCAGUCUGGAAUUCUCUGAAUUUGUGAAUUUGUGGUAUCAUGCCGACGACACUUGAGCCUUCACAUACAUCCUAAUUUAUUUGUUGUUUAUUAUCAGAAAAAGCAUGUGACGCUCAACCUGACAUUGUUGUUAUUAACGAGAGGAAAACAUACAUAAAUAAAACGACAAAACUAAAAUAGUAAAUAGACGUAAGGUGGUGUGUGCAUUAUGUAAAUGACGCGACAUGAUAGUUUUUGAUCGGUGAUAGGAGAAACACGAACGCGUAGUUUUGUUUGGGUAUACACGGAACAGCUGAGAUUUCUAUUAAAAAUUGUGUGUGUUAGUCGGUUAGGCUAAAUAGUCGUACGGUUUUGUUGUUUGAUUGGAUUGCAUAUAAGUAUUUUUACGUGAUCAAACAUGAUGUUAUUUAACUGGAAUGUAAAUUUUGAUUGAGCGACCAGUAAUUUAGGCAUUUUGAUAAAGCGUUUUAAAGAUUCAACAAUUCGCUUCUGGGUCUUGUGGCAAUCACGGCUGCAGAAAACCCAUCAGCAUCGGUUAUUCGGAACCGACCGACUACUGCUAAAACAUCGAAUGGAAACUCAACCUACAGCAAUAUGACCAAUGUUGAUCAAGAUAAAUCUAAAAAUGCAUCCGAAGCCGCACAGAUUAUACGCAACUCACAGGUGGUGUGUUUCGAUGUCGAUUCCACUGUCAUCCGUGAGGAGGGAAUCGACGAAUUGGCCAAAUUUUGCGGUAAAGGACAGGAAGUAGCUAGGCUCACCAAAGAGGCAAUGAAAGGUUCAAUGACAUUUCAAGAAGCGUUACGAUUACGAUUGAACAUCAUCAAACCGUCGCAGAAGCAGAUCAGAGAUUUUCUGAAAGCACAUCCCAGCACACUGUCCACCGGAAUAAAAGAACUGGUUCAUAGCCUGAGAGCCCGACAAAUCAAAGUGUGCCUGAUAAGCGGAGGAUUCGAUUGCUUAAUCGAACCAGUAGCAACCGAAUUGGGCAUUCCGGUUGAGAAUAUGUUUGCCAACAAAUUGCAAUUCUAUUUCAACGGGGAAUAUGCCGGAUUCGAUACAAAUCAGCCGACAUCUCGGUCGGGCGGCAAAGGUGAAGCGAUCAACACCAUCCGAAAAGAGCUGGCUGACAAUGCAUACAUCACCAUGGUUGGUGAUGGUGCUACCGAUUUGGAAGCAUCGCCUCCAGCAGAUAGUUUCGUUGGCUAUGGCGGUAAUAUUGUUCGCGAUGAAGUUCGAAACGGUGCCGAUUAUUACAUUACCGAUUUUGAGAAACUGACGCAGGCGUUGUAGUGUGUGUGUGUGGGUUUUAAGUUAUUUUUUUUAAUUAGAAAAGUUUCCAGUGUUCGAAUAGUUUAAUUACAUCGAUAAGAAGUUGUGGAAACGCAGAGUAUCCGAGUAGUUAAAAUUAAGAUGAAGAUUUUUUUUUUGAGUUCUCAAGCAAGUUUUAAUGUUAUGGUAUGUGUGCCCUCAACACAUAUUUUGAUUUUAUUGAAUAAUUCAAAAUGUAUUCUCGAAUGUUAUUAUACGUUCAUAUACAUUGUUUUGUUGGUCAUCACCACACUCAAUGUUCAGAACAAAAUAAGUUAAAUGAAAAUUAAUAACAACGAAAAAAUUUAUGGAAAAUAAAU